AUGGCGCUGAACACGUCGCAAACAAUUCAGGACGCUCUGCAUCGGUCAUCAGACUUCGUCGUAAAUGAGGAGGACAUGAAGAACCUGGACGAGCAGUACGAAACAACAAAAGCAGCGAUCCGAAGCUCAAUUUUGACGCGCCCCUCGAAGAAAGGCAACCCAUCAAACAACGCAACAACGCAGAGCUCAGACGAAUCUAGAAGCGGAGGUGUCCACAACUACCAAGUAGGCACUGGACGCGGAAGAGGAGAGUCGCGCAACAACACUUGGGUAAGAAAGCCCACCAAUUACGACGAAAAAGCAUUCUGCGAGUAUCACCAGACCUACAGGCAUUCAACGGCUCAGUGCCAAACCCUAGGAGCAAAACUCGCAGCUAAGAUGGCGGCGGGAGAGCUCCAGAACGCGGUCAACCUCAAAGACCUCGUCCCUAACGAACAACAAGAGAGAGCCGAGCCGAGCGGCGUGGCAAAACCCGCGAAUCCUCCCCGACGAGGCGAUAACUCCAAGCGCGACAGGAGAGGCGAACCCGAAGAGCAACCCGAGCCGAGGCAAAGGAUCAAUAUGAUCAUGGGUGGAUCUCUAUACUACCAAGAUACCGUGUCCUCCAUCAAAGCCUAUCAGCGCCGAGCCGAAGCAAAGGAGAAUUGGACAGAACCAACCGACAUCCCAAACACAGUGAUUUCCUUCGCCAAGGAGGAAACGGCAGGAAUCGAUCGACCUCACAACGAUCCGUUGGUGAUUGAGUUAAUGAUCAGGGAUCAUGACGUAGCAAGGGGAAAACUCAGAAGAAUGGGAAUCGACCUCUCCGAGGUGGAAGCAAUCCCCAAACCUCUAACCGGAUUUUCAGGAGAAACGACGAUGACUAUGGGAACGAUCAGGCUUCCUGUGGUAGCUGGCGGAGUCACUAAGAUCAUCGAAUUCUGCGUCACUGAUCACCCAGCAAUCUACAAUGUGAUCAUGGGAACUCCGUGGAUCAACGGGAUGAGGGCGGUACCCUCCACGUAUCAUCUCUGUCUCAAAUUCCCAACUCCAGCAGGUGUCAAAACGAUCUGGGGGAAUCAGAAGGAGUCACGAAUGUGCUGCCUAGCCGAGCACAAGCUGAGGAACUCCGUCACCGUUGCACGAGCAGACAUAGACCGGAAAAAGAUGAAGACAGACCGAGAGCCCGCGAACAAGCUCUCGAAACUCUUAUAG